AUGUGCUCGCAUUUUCUCUUAGGCAGUCUUUUUUGGACAUCUUCAAUUGUUUCAAAUAGUAAUGCAGAUCAGCUGAGCCAACCAACUGGUCUGUACGUUGAUUCACAUGGAGCAGUUUACGUAGCCGAUGGUGCGAAAGAUGAUGUAUUGAAAUUUAAAGCAGGACGUAAAACUGGUGUUCUUGUUGCUGGUGAAACUGAUUAUUAUGGUGAUGAUGCAAAUCACCUGAACUAUCCUGCUGGCCUGUUCGUCGAUGAGAUUGACAAGAAUUAUCUCUAUAUUUGUGAUGGAAAUAAUAACAGAAUACAAAGAUGGUCAAGUGAUGGAUCAACAGCCACAACGGUAGCCGGCUCUUCAAGUGCAUAUCAUUCUUCUGCUUUGAAUUCUUUCUAUAAUCCAAGAUCAGUUAUCAUUGAUCCAACAGGAAAGCAGAUGUAUAUCUCCGAUGCAAGCAACAAUCGUAUUGUACGGUGGCCCUUGAAAAAUGGAAAACAAGGACAAGUUGUUCUACAACCGACCGGUGUCCAUGCACUGAAUUCUCCACAUGGAAUAAAGUUCGAUGCAGACAAUAAUCUAUACGUAGCUGACUCUGGUAACUAUCGAAUACUCAAGUUUUUAUUCAACAAAGCCUCAUGCCGAACCCAAAGUGGUUAG